AUGCAAGUGAGGCGAUGUUCUCAGAGGGGCGGUAAACUGAGGUGAUUUACCACGCCUCACUUUAUGAAACUGUAUGCGAUAUUGCCGUCCCUCUUGAAACACUGAUAAGGAUGGUAUAGCUUAUCGCAUAGAUAAGUAUAGAUAUGUGGCCACGGAUUAAGAUACACUGGAUACGAAUGAUUUAUAAGUCUACGGUAAGACCCGGACCAGCUUCUUACGCCGCGGUAGAUGCUAGCGCGAUCUAGCUUUAUUAUACACAAUUUGGAUAAUGGUUAUUGAUAUAAAUUAUCACACGCAUUUUGCAAAAUAUUAGAUUAUCCUAAAAUUACUAUAUUUAACAUUUCCUACUUAAAUAUAUUUUAAUGUUUAAACAAUCGCAUUCAAUUCAAUUUAUUUUAAUUGAUUAUUAUGAUUCGUUUGGUUAAAUGUAGUGUUUAAAAUUGCAUAGGGACAUCAAAGUCAAUGUUUAAUGUUCCUAUUAUUUCUCAUCAAAAAUGGGAAAAAGCUCUGAGCAAAACUCUCAAAUCAAAAUUAACAACAAUUUUGUUUCAAUGAUUUUGUUUAUGUUUCCAAUAUACUUAUAAAAUAACUAAAUUGGCCAAAAUAAUACGUGUUUCGUUGCCAUACUAACUUCUGAAAAUCAUUACAUGUUAUUUAUUUUAGUUGAUAAAUAAUACAAAAAGAUAAACAUAUUAUUAUUUUAAUACAAAUAUUAAAGAAUUUUUAUUAAAAUAAUUCAAUAGUUUUAAUGAUGGCUACCGGUUUGGAUGAAAAAGUCGAAGAAGAUUUCGUAUUCUUUUUAGAUCACUUUCAAGAAUCCUUUGAUUCGUUAAAAUCCGAAAGGGACAAAGAAAUCUGCCAAGUAAUGCCUACAUAAAUUUAUUAGUUCGUUUUAUUUAUUAAACGUAAAUGUGUGCAUUUUUAGAAAUGGUUAGACAAACUCGCUAUUGAAAAGUAUAAAGAUACAAACGAAAAACAAAUACGGAAUAUCUAUUUGUCACAACUGAUUAUUAGUAUGAACGAAAGAAAGCUCAGUGCCCCGUUCAAUGAAUCUCCCAAAUCAGCCAAAUUAUCAUUGGACGGUGUAUUUAAACACGUCACAACCAAACCGACCUUAGAAGUGGAACAUGAACAAGAAGUGAGUGUUUGAUUAUUUUAUAAAUACCAUAAUACCUACCAAUAUUUAAAUAACAACAAUAAAAAACCUGUGUUUAGACAAGCAAGAACCAAAAAAAUUGGCAUAAUUUUGUUCGUAACAGAGAAUUAGAAGUCAUCGAUAUGAAUCACUUGUCUAUAGACGGUAGUACGUAUAUAGCCUGCAAGACAUUAGCGGAAGAUUCGGGUAUAUUUGCGUACGUGGCCGUAACGAUGGGCGGAAAAACAGAUCAAGGAUGGGUGAACACAUGUGGGCAGCCGAUGUAAGAUAAUUUAUUUAACGUAUUGUAUAUAUUUUUUUCAUUGUUUUCCAACCUUUACACAUUAUUUAUAAAAUAAUCCAAUUUUUGUAUUAUAACUACGUAACUUAAAGUCUUAAAGAUUAUAAUUUAAUAAUUCCGACUGGUUUCUAGACCGGCACCAGUUGUUCAGCCUUUAGACCUACAAGUGGAAAGUCCCGAUUCACAGAAUAAUAAGAGCGAACACGAUGACAAAUUGUAUAAAAUUACUGUUGAAGUCAAAGCGAUUUUAUCUAAGCGAAAAUCUGUGGAAGCUAGGGUGUUGACUCAACAAUUUUUUCAACGAGUAUACAAUAGUAUUGAACAAGAGAUGUUGAGUGAACAGGAUCCUAAUAGUACGGCUUGUCAUGACCCAUACGUUAAAAAACUUCUUGAAAAUUUGAUUGUGAGCAGAAAACCGCUGUAUAACAAUGAAUUUAUAGUGUCUGUUAUAAUAAAAAAAUUUGUUACGUUUUUAGAAUGAUAGCAAGGCAUGUGACAAAUUUAAUCCAGUUUUAUUCAAAAGGAUAAAAAUGCUUUCGUUGUUGAAGAAAAGAGUCAAGCAUAUUUUGAAUGAUGUAAGAAAAUAUAAUCAAAUCAUUUUAUAUACAUAUAUAUUACAUUAAUCAUUUACAAUAUUAUCGUAUUAUACUUAACACUAAUCGCUUUUUAAUGUCAUACCACAUGUGCACGUCACUAGCUAAUAAUAGUAGUAUAACUUGUAAAUAUUACAAGUAGUACAUGAGUAUAAAUAGACGUUUUUGUAUUAUCUCUACAAGGAAUUUUUUAUGAUUUAGCAUUAGCUAUUUUAAAAAUUUCAAUGACCGUUUUAACCCGUGCAAUACGGGCAAUUCACUAUAAAUAAAUGGAAAAGACACGUCUAUACUGAUUUCAUUGAGGGUAACAUGCUUUUUUUGGGAAAAAAAGAUAGCAUAUUAGAGGUCUAUUGGUACUACCUAAUCUAACGAGAGAGAGAGAGAACAUAUUGAGGGAUUUUUUAUCAUUGGUUCUUUUUAGAGUAUUGGACAAUAUUCAAACACGCAAAAAUACGACUGAUGAUCUAUCUAUCUAUCCAUCAUAUCUUUAUAAUAAUAAUUUAUUCUCUAUUCAUGCCACAAGUACGAUAUAUUUUGAUAAUUCUUUAAAAUUUGAUUACAAAUAUUUAGAUCGAAAAUCGUAACAAAAAUCUUGCCAAUAUAGAAGUCGCUUCAUCUUCUCCGAUAUUAACCCUGACUAAUCCGGCAUCGACUUGCUCUAACUCUAUGACUGAAAUGAUGUGGCAAGGAGCUUUAAUGGAAAAACCCACGAGCAAGAUGGCUGAGGAGUUAGCUAAGACCUAUCCUGUAUGUUUAGUUAAAAUGUAAGCAUUUAUUUUCUGUUUGUAUUGAGUGUGAUAAUUUUUAUGGACUCUUAUAUCGUUUGCGACAUUUUCAGGCUGUUGGCACUGUUGGCGCGAGAACGUCGGAAAAUUAUAAGUCGGCUGCAGGAAAAACAAGAAAAUCUCAUAGUAGCUAUGAAGCGAGAUUUGCAAAACGAAAUUCAACAAGGAAUAUUAAACUAUAAGGUGACUGUCGUCGGUUGAACGAAUUAGUAAUACAGUAAAUGUAUUCAUACGCUUCUUUUUUAACAGAUCGCCCGGAAUGAAUGGGUAGACGUCAUGCGUGUCGUGAUGCACUAUAAUAAACUGAAAGAAAUGUUGACCGAAAAAGACAUGGGCAGCAGUUCAAACAACAACAAAGGUAACUAUUUGCAGGAGACGAUCCGUAAAGAGAUCGAUGACACUAAGAAACGGUUGGAAAAGACGAACAACAAAAACGAAAAAUUGCAAGACGAUAUUUGCGAUUUAAAUAGAAAACUGCAUGAAAUAACUGAAAAAAUAGAAUUAGAACAGUUACAUAGCGCCGAAAAUUUGCGGGAUUUGCAAAUUGAGAUAUGCAAUGAAAAAAGUUCGAUUUUGGCAAGAGUCCAGAGCAUUGAAGGAUUAGAAAAGAUGUUAAAAGAAACGAAAAAAUAGCUUUCGGUCUUAUAAAAACGUCAUUAUAACGAACUAAUUUAUCCUAGAAAUUGACGUUGAAAUAUGGACUUCAAAAUUAUCUCAUAAAUUACUUAAUAAUUUGUUGUAAUUCUUAACUUGAAAUAUGGAAUUUGUUACCUCUUUUAACCCCUUAAAAUCGUCUUUUUAUUUCUAAAAUAACUAAAAUAACACGGGCAUACGUCGUGCGAUGUAUAUGAGCCACUGUCAUAGGUGAAAAUUUGAGAAGAUAGGGUAUAUAAUGGACUUUAAUGUAUUUUUGUACGCAACGAUUAAUCAUUGCUAACGAAAAACGAAUCUGAGCACAGUUCGGUUAUACAAGUCUUAAAGAUUUCAAUUUUCGUCAACAUAUUUUCAUAUUCAAAUUUUUGUAAAAAAAAAGUACUACAUUAAACUCAACUUUUUUUUGUUCA